GUGAUUUGUGCGUCACUUGGUCACAUUGACUCACGAAUUUGUGAAUCUGUCAUUAGCCUUUACGUAAUUUAAAAUUGCGUUAUCUAGACGGAGCGAUUCGUGUAAAGUUUAACACGAAAAGGGUGCUUACUUUAAAGUAAAAAUGAUCCCCUUGGGCAGAAAACAGGCUCAAGUGUUGGCCAGCUUUGUACCUUCAAUGGUGGCUUUUGGAGGAGCCGCGUUCACGGGAAUGCUGUAUGCUACAGACUGGAAGGUGUUCACUGCCUACAUCCCCUUCUAUAGCGGCAAAUACGAAGGCCAGAAGACGGAAGAAUAAAGUGUUUGUGUUAUAGUUGUAUUUAAUGUCUUAGUCACCAUGUAAUUAUUAUAAGUUCAAACGAA